GAGCAGCUGAGAUGUCCAAUGACAGUCAGGGAUCGGUCAAGGGGGAGGCGGCCAUGAUGCCAUCUCCCUCUGUCCCCGCCUCCUCUCAGGGACCGCCCCUUUCUCCGUCCACCACCUCCAAACCACCUGAGCUCCCAGAUGAGCUGGUCCAGGCUGGAUGGUCUAAGUGCUGGUCUCGGAGGGAGAACCGGCCGUACUAUUUCAACAGAUUCACCAAUCAGAGCCUGUGGGAGGUUCCAGUCCUGGGUCAGCAUGAUGUCAUUUCUGAUCCUUUAGGUCUGAACGCGGCUCCAGCAGAGGGCGGAGACAGUAACCUUGGUAACGGUCAGAGGAAGAGGAGGGGCUCUGAGGAGCAAGGGGCGGGGCCUAACAGUUUCAAGCGAGCCAAGGUGGAACCCACCACGCCCAUCUCUCCCAGCACUCCUGGGGUCAAACCCUGGAGCUCCGCCCCUGAGGACAAGCAGGCCCAGACGACCACACCUACCACCCCAAGCCCCGCCCCCGCCCCAUACAGGCCAGCUGUGAUCUACUGGGACCUAGACAUCCAGACCAACGCUGUGAUCAGAGAGCGCCCCCCCGCCAAUCACCUGCCCCCCCACCCUGAGAUAGAGCUGCAGAGAGCUCAGCUGGUCACCAAACUGAGGCAACACUACCACGAGCUGUGCCACCAGAGAGAAGGUAUUGAUCCGCCCCGGGAGUCGUUCAAUCGUUGGCUGCUGGAGAGGAAAGUGAUUGAUAAAGGUCAUGACCCCUUACUGCCCAGUGACUGUGACCCCGUCAUCUCCCCGUCCAUGUUCAGAGAGGUCAUGAACGAUAUUCCCAUCAGGUUGGCUCGUAUUAAGUACAAAGAGGAGGCCAGGAAGCUGCUGUUUAAAUAUGCUGAAGCUGCCAAGAAGAUGAUUGACUCCAGGAAUGCCAGUCCAGAGAGCAGGAAGGUGGUGAAGUGGAACGCUGAAGACACCAUGAGCUGGCUGCGCCGAGAUCACUCCGCCAGCAAAGAGGACUACAUGGACCGUCUGGAGCACCUGAGACAGCAGUGUGGUCCUCACGUCACUGCCGUCGCCAAAGACUCUGUGGAGGGAAUCUGCUCCAAGAUCUACCAGCUGUCUGCAGAGUACAGCCGCCGCCUGAGACAGACACACCUGAAUCUGCUGCAGGACCCCCCCACAGAGGCGUGUGCGUCCCCCCAGCAGUCCCGGUUGGUCUACUGUUACCCGGUGCGUCUGGCCAUCCCCUCGCCGCCCCUCCCUCGAGUGGAGCUGCACUUUGAGAACGACGUCGCCUGUCUGCGCUUCAGAGGGGAGAUGGUCAAAGUCAACAGAGGACACUUCAGCAAACUGGAGUUGUUGUACAGAUACAGCUGUAUAGACGAUCCACGCUUUGAGAAGUUCCUGUCCAGAGUCUGGUGCCUCCUCAAGAGAUACCAGGUGAUGUUUGGCAGCGGGGCUAACGAGGGGACGGGUCUGCAGGGGGCACUGCCGGUGGCGGUGUUCGAGGCAUUGAACCGGCAGUUUGGAGUUUCCUUUGAAUGUUUCGCUUCGCCGCUCAACUGCUACUUCAAACAGUUCAGCUCCGCCUUCCCCGACAUCGACGGCUUCUUCGGAUCCCGAGGGCCGUUCCUGUCAUUCUGUCCAGUCAGUGGCUCGUUUGAAGCUAACCCUCCAUUCUGUGAAGAACUGAUGGACGCCAUGGUGACGCACUUUGAGGGGCUGCUGGAUCAGUCCUCAGAGCCUCUGUCCUUCAUCGUCUUCGUCCCUGAGUGGCGUGACCCCGUGACCCCGGCUCUCACCCGUAUGGAAGGAAGUAGAUUUCUCCGCCACCAGCUGAAUGUCCCGGCCUACGAACACGAGUACCGGUCCGGGAGUCAGCACAUCUGCAAGAGAGACGAGAUGUACUACCGGGCCGUACACGGUACUGCAGUACUGUUCCUUCAGAACGACGCUGGUUUUGCGAAGUGGGCACCGACUCCGGAGCGUCUGGCUGAGCUGACGGCGGCGUACCGCCCCUCCCCCCGCCCCUCCUCCCUGUCCUCUCCUGGCCCCGCCCACACCACUCCUGGAGACAGAGACUCCGCCCCCAAGGCCGCUGAUAGGCCGCAGAGUGCCGUGAUGUCACCUGGAGGCCAUGACAACAACAACAACAACAACACCACCACCACCACCACCACCACCACCACCACCACCACCACCAACAGCAGCAGCAGCAGCAGCAGCAGCAGUAGCAGUCCUCGAGACAAAGUGUCCGCUGUGUAGAGGGGGCAGGGCUUACCCUGUUUUAAAGUUUGUUUUCCUACAUUAGUUUGUUCUGAUCGUUGUCUCGUCUGUUCAGAUUGUCCCUCACCAGCACCUGUAGCACACCUCAGCUUCUGUCCACAUACCCACAAUGCUGCCAGUGGGGGGGCAGCCUUUCUGUUCACUGUCCCCCCUCGGCUCUUCUGAUUGGUCAAAGCUCUGACAUCAUUAGUGUCACAGUGCCCGUCGCUUAGCAACAAGCAGCGUGGCCAAUAAGAAGACGUAGUUAAUCAGUGAGCAAUAAAACCUUCAUUCACCUGUGAUGUCACUGGAGGACUUCUGAUUGGUCCCCCCAGAGACGGGGCUCGGUGAUUGGUUGACAAGGCAGCUAUCGUUUCUAUUGGACUUUCUCUGUUGAGUCUCGCUUCAGGCCCCGCCUCCUCAGGAUGGCCCGGCCAAUCGGAGGAGGGCCCUGCUCAGUCCGCUCUGGACAGUGAGACACUUGGAGGCGGAGCCUUGGCAGUGAGGUCAUACUUACUCGUGGAAGGAGGCGGAGUUAGAAGUGUGACUCAGGCAGACGUCUCCUCGGAGGUCCCGUCACUUCCUGUGUCUGAAACAGGAAGUGAUCAGACAGUAGACAUCCUGCCAGCAGGUGGCGCUGUGGGAGGAGUUCUUUCUGGUUCUCACAGACGGAACCACGUUAAUCUUCUGCUGUUCUUCUUGUAACAUAACAAUAAAAUAACUAUUAUGUUUUUCCCUAAAAACAUUACGACUUUUUCUCUAAGAUUUUCCAUCUUGUUCGCUAGAUUAUUUUUUUCCGAUGACAAUGACGGGAUAAGCUAACGGUGGAGUUGCACAUGCUCAGUGCGGUCGUACUUCUGAAUUACAGCCACUGAAAAUACAAAUAUUUUUACUAAAUUCUUCAACGACUGAGAUGAACGUCUUGAGAGAAAAUAUUUUGAGAAAAAUGUAAUCUAUUACAAGUAAAAUGUUUAAUAAUUGAAUACAAAUAAUUUGUUAAUGACUCACUGACACUUGCACACGCUCAGUAGGUGGCUCCUCCCACUGUGUGACACCAGCAGCCUGUCUGUCCUGUGAUUGGCUGACGGGCCGUCCAAUCAGACGUCUGUGUGCAGCUGUAGAUACUGUACAGUUAAACUGAUCUGAAGUCUGUUGAUGUUUCUGCUGUUAAAUUGAUUGAAUCUUUUUUAUUUGAUUUAAUUUAACUUUUUUAAAAGAUGGCGUCAGUUUGUGUCUGAUAGUUUGAAACUAAACCAAAGUGUUAUUAUAAAUCUUUGUGUGUCGGAGUAGAAGUGUCUGUCUAACCAGCAGGAUCCUCCUCUCUUUUAUAAUUCAGUUUUUUAUCACUUGUGUUUUUGGGGUUUUGUUGUGCAUGAAGCCUUUUGGACUCGUUGGUUUUCCUGAAUGUUUCUGAGGCCGAGUGUUCGGCGCCGCAGCGUCGCACCAGCUGUUCGUUUUAAAGAGCUAGCAGUUUCCCUCUGCUUCCAGUCUUUGUGCUAAGCUAGGCUAAUGUGGGACUGUAAAGUUCUCGCAAUCAUGAGAUAAAACUCUUGAGGUCACACCAGUUUCCUCAUAAUAAUUCUAUCUAUAUUUUUAUGAUAUGAUAAAUAAGUGUAUUUAUGAUAUUAAAUGAUAACCAGGAGUUCUUUAUCCUGACCUCAAAAUGAACUGAACUUCAUUUACAGAAAAGACCCAUUUUCUUGUCCUAAUUUCAAGAAAACUAUCUUUUGUUGUCUCUUAAUUCUGAAUAAAGAUUCUUGAGUUUGGGAUAAAAACUUUGAUCAGUUUAAAAGCAGCUGUUUUCUUCCAGAUGUUGUAUUAACUGUGAUAAUAACCAGAAAGGUCUCCUAAUGAUCAGGUAACAUGUUUGUAAGCACAGGAAGAAGCUUUAAUUGGGACAGAAACUGCUGCUGAAACCAUUCAGUCGCUGGUUCUCAAGAGUCAAGUUUGGACAAAUGCUGAGUGUGGCGGCGCUGCAAGCGGCGGAAACUCGGCCGUGUUUGUGGCGGGGUCCUCACAGCUGGAGAAUGUAAAUACAGUCUGUCCUUCAUUCUGCCUGCAGACAAACUGCAGCUUCACCUCCUCCCAGUAAAAAUAUAUCCUACCAGUUA